AUGGACGAGUGCAUGCAACUUUUUUUUGUUGAUAAUCGCCGUAAAAUUAAUAUGAUCCUCUUGUUAGCGCUAGUUUUAAUGUUUAUAAAUACAAUUACUGCAAUUAAAUUUAUACCAUCUGGUCGUUCUGGGCAAGCGGCAAUUUAUUAUAAUUAUAAACUUUACUUUUAUAAUAAUUCUGGUUCAAAUGAAUUUUUUACACUUGAUGUGUCAAACAACUUCAAUAUCAAUGCUCCAAAAUUCGAUGAGCUAGACGUUGAUAAACUAAACAUUAGUUCCUAUGAUAUUACGUUUGCUACUUCUGUAAUCUUUAAUUCAGUAAUUUAUUCGUUUGGUAGUCAGGUGAAUAAUACUGUGAAAUUAUUUUCGAUGAAUUUAUCAAGUAGCCCACUUUUUUGGAAAAGUGAAACUGAUUCGAGCAGAGCUAAUGCUCCUUACGGCCUAGAUGGAUUAACUUCGAUAAUUGACUCCUCUACUGGAAAAAUAUAUUUAUUUAACGGUUAUGACACAAUGUAUGUUUGGAAUAUAUACAAAAGUAAUUGGCGGUUUUUUCCGAUCGAUACAACAACGUGUUUUCCAAAAGUUUAUUACACAGCAACUUAUUUAGAAAAUCUACGGCAAAUUAUUUAUUUGGGUGGACUGUGCGGAAAUUAUCAAAUCAACAUCGAUGAAAUUCUACCAAUGGAUCAGACCGCUCAAAUGAAAAAUUAUUUACCAAGUCGUGCUGGACAUUCAGCUUGCUUAGUAGCAAAUAAUAAGAUUCUCAUUUAUGGCGGACAUAGCGAUCCUCCGCUCAAUGCCAGUAAUAUUUUGGCAAUUUUGGAGGUAAAUAACGAUACUGGCACAUACAUUUGGAAUACACCAAAUAUUGCAUACCAAACUGAUCAAGCGAUACCUUUCUAUCAUUCGGCCACACUUGUUAAUAAUACAUAUAUGAUCGUUGCAUUCGGAAAUAUAAAUAAACAAUCGGUUGAGGAUCCUUCGCCAAUUUCAGUUCUAAAAGUUGAUGCUGAAAAUGAUGAAUAUCAAUGGCUAAAUUCUAUUGACGAACCAAUUUCAGCUCCAACAAAUCAAAGCAAUAAUAAUAUUGCAUCAACCUCAAAAAAAGAGGAACAUACAAAUAUCAGAGCAAUUAUCAUCAUUAGUGGAAUAUGUAGUGGAUACGUUGUUCUAUUAAUUCUUAUCGUUAUUAUUGUAUUUAUAAAACAUAAAACUAAACCUUCACGCAAUUUUGUGAUCAAAUAG